UGCUGUAAUUAUUGCUUAUUUUACUGGAACGACUCUGUGAUUAAAUAAAUCAUUUAAUUAAGAUGAGACAGUCGGCGUUCUUGACGAUACUGUCAGACUUCUGAGGAAAUGUCGUUUAAACAUCGCACUUACUAUCCAGUUAUUUUCUCAGCUGUUUUACUUUAUCAAUGCGCAUCUUUUCAACUGGCUUGUUUCGCCUUCAGGAGCCACUUAUUGCAGCACCGCUUUUGGUGUGCGAAUGCGUGCAAGACUGAGAGCAAUUCAUGAAUGGGCAGAGAAGCAAGGUCUUGAACUUGCCGCUGUGUGCCAUAUGGACAGGAUUCAACAGACAGCAACUUUGUUGACUAUUCCGAAGAAAAUGGAUCAGAUCGCAAAUUUGGGGGCCACUUGUUACAAACUCAAUAGUAUUCAGGUCCAUUUCUAUUUUACAGUAUUAUUUGCUGGUGGUAUUUGA